AUGUCAUCAAAUAAUAUGGAAUAUCAUCAUGUAAAAAUGGUACGUAUGCAAUCAUUAUCCAAUAAUGAGACAACUACAUAUGAUAAAAAUGUUACAAUUAGUAUUCUACAUGAUCAACAAAGACAAUGUAUGUAUCUUUGUAUUAAAGUUGACGGAGAGAGUGCAUAUACAUCAGAAUUUAGCAGAUUAGGAUGGCUUACUGAAUCAUCAACGGAUGGCGUAGCAGUGAUUCGUGCAACGAAAUUUACAAUUAUUAUUAUAUAUGCAGCAGACAAUACACCAUUAAAAGACUUUUUUGCACAUCUACAGGUAGCUCUUAAUCAUACAACUGUUGAGCCUGUCAUUUCUGACUCACAUCAAGUAACCACAUCUAAUACAGUCUCAAUACAUAUAAAUCAAGAUUCAAAAAAACUAUUAAUCGAAAAGUUGAUAAAAUCGAUUAAUAGAAGUGAUUUAAAUGAAACUGAACAUAUUACACAAAAACUAGCAAAUGUGCAAGCCAGAGUUCAAUUUAAUCUUUCGGAUAAAAAUGAUAAGCAAAGAAAAAAGACAACUCAACCGAAACUAAAUGAUGAUAUUAAAAUAUCAACAGAUUCAAUUCUUGAUUUAGGACUUCGUAUUGAAUGUCAAAUUCAAAAAGAUUCGAUAAUAGCACCUAUCAAAGUACGUUCUGGCACAACACUUCAAUCAUUAAAAAAACAAAUAGAAAAAGAAACAAAUAUUAAAUAUAGUAAUCAAUAUUGGUUUGCUUUUGAUCGUUAUCCGAUUCCUGAUGAAUAUAUAUUUGGAUCUGCAAUACCAUCUAAUUUAAAUCAAGUUCAACAAAAAUCUCUAAUGAAACCUAUUCGAUCUGGUGAUACAUUAACUAUUUAUAUUACUUAA